AUGGCCGACAAGUCGAACCCCCAAGAGUCGAAUCCCGUUCACGAGCACGAGCACGAGGGUUUCUUCGAGAGAAUCCUUCAUCACCAUAAGAACAAGGAUUGUAAGCACCAUGACAAGGACAGCCAGCAACCCCAGGACAAGAAGGAGGAGGGUGAGAUGGAUAAGAUGAAGGAUUACCUGCACAAGGAUGAGCAGCUGGAGGAGGAGGGCCAUGAGUACGGUGACUUAAUGUAA